AUGGCCCGGCUCCCGGGGCACCCGGAGGCCCCCGGCCCGGAGCAUGGCAGUACAGGCCGGGGAAGCCGAGGCGGUCGAGCGGCUCGGGCGCGGCACGUCAUUAUCAACGUCGGGGGUUGCCGGGUGCGGCUGGCCUGGGCCGCGCUGGCCCGCUGUCCCCUGGCACGCCUCGAACGCCUGCGGGCCUGCCGCGGCCACGACGAGCUGCUGCGCGUGUGUGACGACUACGACGUGAGCCGCGACGAGUUCUUCUUCGACCGCAGCCCGUGCGCUUUCCGCGCCAUCGUGGCGCUGCUGCGCGCCGGCAAGCUGAGGCUGCUGCGGGGCCCCUGCGCCCUGGCCUUCCGCGAUGAGCUGGCCUACUGGGGCAUCGACGAGGCGCGGCUGGAGCGCUGCUGCCUGCGCCGCCUGCGCCGUCGUGAGGAAGAGGCCGCCGAGGCGUGCGCCGGGCCACCGGGUCGCGGGCCCCAGGGAAGCCCAGUGCGAGCCCUGGGCACCGGGCGGCUGGAGCGCGGCCGACGGUGCCUGCGCGAUAUGGUGGAGAACCCGCACUCCGGGCUGGCAGGCAAGCUCUUCGCCUAUGUCUCCGUGGCCUUCGUGGCCGUCACAGCCGUCGGCCUGUGCCUGAGCACCAUGCCUGACAUACGAGCAGAAGAGGAACGGGGCGAGUGCUCCGCAAAGUGCCGCAACCUGUUCGUGCUGGAGACGGUGUGCGUGGCCUGGUUCUCCUUCGAGUUCCUGCUGCGCUCCCUGCAAGCCGAGAGCAAGUGCGCCUUCCUGCGGACUCCGCUUGCCAUCAUCGACAUCCUGGCCAUCCUGCCCUUCUACGUGUCGCUGCUCGCGGGGCUGGCGUCAGGGCCCACGGGCAGCAAGAUGCUGGAGCGCGCGGGGCUGGUGCUGCGGCUGCUGCGGGCGCUGCGCGUGCUCUACGUGAUGCGCCUGGCGCGCCACUCGCUGGGACUGCGCUCGCUCGGCCUCACCGUGCGCCGCUGCGCGCCCGAGUUCGGACUGCUGCUGCUCUUCCUCUGCGUGGCCAUGGCGCUCUUCGCGCCGCUCGUGCACCUGGCUGAGCGCGAGCUGGGCGCUCGCCGCGACUUCUCCAGCGUCCCCGCCAGCUACUGGUGGGCCGUCAUCUCCAUGACCACCGUGGGCUAUGGAGACAUGGUGCCGCGCAGCCUGCCGGGCCAGGUGGUGGCGCUGAGCAGCAUCCUCAGCGGCAUCCUCCUCAUGGCCUUCCCUGUCACCUCCAUCUUCCACACCUUCUCGCGCUCCUACUCGGAGCUCAAGGAGCAGCAACAGCGCGCGGCCAGCCCUGAGCCGGUCCUGCGUGAGGACAGCACGCGCGACGACAGCACGCGUUCGGCCAGCGCAACCGAGGACAGCUCGCAGGACCCCGAGAGCGCAGGCGCAGCAGGGAGCUCUCCAGGCCGGGUGGGACCCUCAGCCUAGUGCUCUGCUAAAAGCUUCUGGAGGGUCAAAGCCUCAGAGGACACCAAGCGCCCGCUGACUUGGUCUGGCAUGCCGUUGCAGCCGGCCUGGCACCCCAAGCAACCCCGAGCUUCACGUAGCCUGGAGGAUAUAGCAGCCUGGUCUUUCUUUCCCCUUUUAUUUUCCCUCCAGUUUUAAAUUUUCUAAGGCUAAUUAAAAAUAAUUGAGUCCCAGAAAGUCCAAGUCUGAAGCAAAUGCCAGCCACCCCAGACUAACUUUCGCCUUCCCUUGCU